AUGUUAAUUAUAUAUGAUAAAUUUUAUACUCCAAUGGAUAAAUAUUUAAAUAAAGCUAAAAGAAAAGGUUUUUGGUUAUAUACUGGUAUUAUUUUAGUAUCACUUGGUUAUAUAAUGUAUGAAAUUUCAAAUUUACCUGAAUUACCACCAGAUCCAAAAGAUAAAAAGAACGAAACCAUAAAAGAAGAAAAAGAAGAAAAAGAAGGAAAAGAAAAGAAACAAGAUCAUGUUAUAGAAUCAAUCCCUCGUCGUAAAUCUACUCAUGCUGAAAUUGAACAAGAAGAGGAGGUUGAUUUAGGUCCUUCAAAUCCCAUCAUUCCAAUUGAUCAAACUCAUGAAGAUGAUCAUAUAAUUUAUAAAUGGUCAAAAAAAAAAUUAUUUCAAUUUUUAUUUGAUAAUAAAAUUUAUCCUGAUGUUAGUGAAAAUUUAAUAGUUAUUAGAAAACAAGUUGUAGAAAUUUAUGAGAUUAAAAAACAAAAUAAUGAAUUGGAUAAGAAAUAUUUAUCUUAA